AGAAGUGGCGAGAUGAAAACAAACAUGGAGGCUCAGCUGUGACAUAUUGCAUUUUUUGCAAACAGAAAGCAGUUUAUUCUCACUUUUAUGCUAAUUUUAUUGAAAUGCUAAAUGCGAAAACAAAACCCUGAUGGAUACACAUAUAGUACGACAGUUUCAGAAUUUGCAAGUUUUGUCAAAAACAAAUGGUCUGAGGAUGGACGACCUAGUUAGUGAUCUAACCAUGGCAUUGGAAGAAACUACAAGAUCACCAAAAUCAUCAAAAAAUUACAUGGCUAUGGCUUCUUCAAAAAGACAGAAGAAAAAAAAGGGAAAAAAGAAAAGAAUAACAUGUGUUGAACUUGACAACACAAGUGAAGCGUCUGAAAGCAGUCUAGAAGGAGCACUUAGGGGUUACAUGGAAAGCCGUUUACAACAGAGUGAUUCUGACGAUGUUUUAAGUAAAACGCAUUACUAUACAAGACUAUCCAUGCCGGCAAGAACUGAAUAUAUCCCUUCUGUAGAAUCAGAUUCAUUUACAGAUAAUAUAUCUCCUGUAAAACCACAAAGACGAAGAAAAAAAUAUAAAUCCAUGGUCAUUGAUGUUGAAUGUAUGCCAGCUCCACAGAGCACAGUGGUGCCAUUCAAAUCAAAAAGUAAGGCUAAAAUGGAAGUAGAAGUUCGGAAAGAAUCACCAAUACCAGAAACCACCAAAGAAACCACUGGAGAACAAAUAUUUCCGGGAAAAAGGAAGAGAAGUUCGAAAUCUAAAUCAGAUAAUAACAAAGACAACUCGGAAAAAUUUGAUACCAUGGAUACUGGAAAUGAAUCACAGGAGAGUAGUUCCUGGACAAGUUUUAGUAGCAGUGACAGUGAAGGAAUUAGUACACAUGAUGAAGGAAGAGAGGCUGAUGAUGAACAAAGUGAUUUCUUUCAUGAGCCUGGACCAGCUUGUGGUAUACCUGGAAUCAUUCCGUGGUGGGAAAAUGAAGCUAAGGAUGAAAAUGAGAUGGAAUCUGAAAAAGAAUUCCAUCAAAUACUGUCAGGAACAUUUGAAAAUAUGUCCAAAACUUCACAGUUAGCAUUUAAAGCUAGAGUUACUAAAUUGAUGGCAAAGUCUGGAAGAGAAGUUAGAUUUGGUAGAAGACGAUUGAAAGAAAAGACUCCUGGUUAUACAGUAUCAAACUAUAUAGAAGACAAACAAAUGUGGAAUUCCAUGCAAGGAGUUUAUUCUCCACCAUUUCCCAGUAAGGAGAAUAAAGAUUCUAAAAAACUCAGAAAAUCACCUGCAUUAACCAAUCCUGAAGGUUUUGUAGGAGAGGAAGCAUGUCCUAUACCAGAAUCUAACAUAGGCAAUAAAAUGUUACAAAGUAUGGGAUGGAAACCAGGAUCAGGUCUUGGAGCAGAAGGAGAAGGCAUACAAACACCAGUUCUAGCAUACAGAAGACUAAGAAGAACAGGAUUGGGUCAUUCCAAAACAAAACAGAAAAAAUCAUAAUACCAGAUUUAAUUAUUCUACAUCAUUAUCAUAUGAAUUAAGUGGUCAUGGUUGUUCUUGUUAAUCAGAAAAUUUAAAACUAGUUGACAUUUUUUUACUUUAGUGACUGUUUUAAAUUUUAUGGGGGAGGAAGAAAAUUUCCUGACAAUUUUUUUCUAACUGACAUUUAAGUUAGCUAAUAAACAAGUUCCCAUAAUCAGUAGCAAUACACAAAAAAAUAUGGAGGGAAAAAUGUCACACUUUCUUUAAGAUAUUUCCUGGAUUGUUGCCAAUUCUUUAAAACUUUGAAUUUAGAACAGUACAGAGUUCUAUUUAAUUUGAAUGAAUGAACAAAAAGACAAGAUCUGAUAUGAUUACUGUUUUAAAUUAUAAAAAGAAUUCUGAAACUAUGGAAAUAUAUAAACAAAUUGAUGAAUACAUAAUGCCAAUCUUUUUUCAAAUUUUAUCUCUUAAUAAUGAUGAUUAGAUGCAGUUUGCUUAAAAAGUUCAAUAUAAACAAAUAUUUCCAUGACAACUUUAGAAAUAAAAUGUCUGAAUACGUAGGAUGUUUUAGUACAAUGAUUUAUUAUGUCUUCAUAUACCAGUCUACAUUAACAAUGAUAAGGAUUUUAAUUAUAUAAUGUAUUUUUAAGAAUUGAAUGCAUAUUUUUUUAAUAUAGAUUUCACUUUGUUUUUAAAGUAAUGUCUACAUUGUACUUCAAAAAGAUGCCUUGGAUUUUUUUCCUAUUGAAUACAUUGAAGGCAGUGAUCUCUAGUUGUUUACAUAGUUAUCCAUUGGUCUUUGGUUGUUGGUUGUCUCAUUGGCAGUCAUACCACAGUGACUUAUUUUUAUAUUGCACUAUUUCUCUUAUCACUGAAUUCAAAUGUUUACCCCUAAUUUUAAUUCCAUGCAUAUUAAUUCUUUAAAAUUUUAAACUAGAACAUAACACAUUCCAACUGAUUAUAAAAAAAUCAUAAUGAUGAAGUGUGGUACAAGAAGGAAAUUUUUCACAUCUUGGGCUUAGGCAAGAUUAGUUUUCAUAUUCAAGCUGCUAAAGUCUGACUGGAUGAAGCUAAAAGACAAAUAUUUGAACAAUGUAUGUAAUUGCAAGACUCCCUUUUGAACCCCCAUUUAUAUGUCUCUGCUUAUUCUGUCAAUAGUGGGGGGUUCAAAAGAAAGUCUUUCCUAUAAUUCUAGUGUAAGCACAAAACAUAGUAUCAAUUGAGAAUACUUUUUAUAGUCCCAAGUCAGUAUCAAUAUUCUUGUUCUGUUAAAUUCUUCACACCAAAGUCAUUACUUUUUUUUUAUUAAGGAAGAGAUUUUGAAAUUUUUUGCAUUUCUCUUUCUCUUCAGAAGUUACUAUUAUAAAGCCAUGCUUUUCAAAGCUAUUUGAAAUUUUACUGGUUUAACCAAGGGUAGAGAAACUUCUGCAUGUGAAACUGUAAUGGUUUUAUGAAUGAAAGGAAAACUUGGGCACAAGAAACUACUGGUUUACCCAAAGAAAUUACCACCAGUUACUGUUGAAAUGUUCUGAGGUCUUGGAAAUAAACAUAUUAAUGCAUUAUAGCAUUUUUAUCAAUCUUUAUGUAAAGUGCUUACUACAACAAUAAUCUUAAUGUAAAUGAUUAAAUGAAUGAUGUUAUUAGGUAGUGUUUUGUAUUUUAAAAAGGAUCUUUUGGGUCUUAGACACCAACAUAAGUCUGCAAGGGUAACUAGAAUCAAUGGAGAUGAUUAUUCAUUUAUAGAAUUUUCUUGUCCUAUCUGUCUACAUUUUAACACCUGAUUACCUUGGAUUUAAAUGAUGUCAGCAAGACUUUUUUUUAAAUAAAAAAGAAGUUGAUGUUUUCUCUGAUCUUUAAUGAUGGUCAGAUCUAUGUAAUUUUGGUUUAUGUCUCUAUUGAAAUUGUGCCACAUCUUAUUUUUGUACAAAAUUGCACAAGUAGACAAAAUUUGACAAGACAUCAAAGCAAAGAAAAUGUAACAUAUUUGAUUGGAGUUACAAUUUGUAUAAAGUUUUUGUUUAAGAUAGAAAAUUUUAAUAGUGCAAUAAAUUUGUGAAAGUUUCCAUUUUGUAAUAAAUUUUGCAAGUUGUGAUGUCAUAUGUCAUGGAACAGUAAAUGGGCUAUGUCACAGAACUGUAAAUGGGCUAUGUCACAGAUUUUGUUACAAAAAUGCAUACAACUUUGUUGACUUUACACGUUGAAAAUCGAAAAAAAUAAUUUAUUUAAAUGUUAUACUGCUAAAAUAUGACUUUUUUUUAAAAAGAAAAAUCCUUGAAAUAGUUCAACAUUUAUAUAAAAUGUACAUAAAAUCUGUCCAAAUUAUCUUUAUUUUUAAUACAUUUGUCCAAUGAUUAUUUUCUAUCAGUAAAACAGAAAUUUAUAAAACCAGCAACCUAUAAAUGUUUAUAUCUAUGCAAUGGAGUUUGAUCAUAUAAAAGACAACUAAAAGAACAUUUUUCACAGAUUUUAUGUGUUUUCAAUAUGAAUGUACAUCUACUUUAAAAGAAUAACUUCAAUAAUAUUUCAGAAAAAAGAAGAGAUUAAUGCAUUACUUUUGGAUAUUUAGUUCAAGUUUACCAUACUGUGGCUGUGUGCAAAAUCUUAUAAAAAUCUUUGAUAUGACCCAUAUACAGUAACUUGACCUUAAACAUUGUUUUUACCCUUUACUAGAAGUAGAUACAUGUAGUACAAAUGUGAAGAUUUAAUUGUUGUAUUCAAUUUUAUAUGAAUGUUAAAUGUAAUAUUUUUUUUAUUAUAAUUGAAUGGAAUUUUAUUGUCUUGUCUGCAACAAAUCUCACAGAAUGCUAGGCUGAGGAAUGCUAAUCAAACGGUAUAAACUAUUUGUGAAAUGCUUUAUAGUUUAGAAUGUAGAAGACUUCAUAUCUUGUAUACAGAUGCCUCAUGAGUUCUGAAGUUUCUCUCUUUUCUCCUUGACCUCAUUUUAAUGUUUCGUCAACUUUUUUUUAUCACGUAAAUUUUUCACUUGUUAUGAGCAAAAGGAUAACUAUAUGUAAUGUUUAGGAUUGACCUUGAUCUCAUUUGAUAGAUUAGUGAUCAAAGUUCAGAUUUCAUUGUUAAAUCCAUAUCACAGAUAAUAUAAGCAAAAGGUCAACUAUAUUUGAUGUAUAGAAUGAUUGUAGAUGUAAAUGUCUGUCUGGUAGAGUUCAUCUGACCUUGACCUCAUUUUCAUGGUUCAUUGGUCUGUUUCCAUUUCUCUACUACUUUAAUUAAUAGGUCAACUAUAUUUGGUGUUUGGAAUGAUAAUCAGGUGUACAUGUAUGUCUGUCUGUCAGGGAGUGCUUCUGAUUUUUUACCUCAUUUUCAUGGAUCAUUAAUAAUGUUAAGUUUAUGUGAUAAAUGUAGUAAAACUGUUAUCUUAAAGAUUUCAACACCAUAAAAACCAAUCUUGAUCAGUUAAACAGACAAGACAAUUAUAUGAAAUACUUUUUACAUAACAAACAAUCCUGAUAACUUAAACAGGCAAGACAAUUAUAUGAAAGACUUUUAACAAAAUAAACAAUCCUGAUAACUUAGUGUGUGCACUUUUGUUAAAUGUUUAUUUUUUAAACAAUUACCUGUAUGUCAUUAUUUUGAAAAAGUUUAAAGAAAUUUGGAGUUCUGUUGUAAGAAGAUUGUCUAAUUAAUAGUCAUACAACAUCUUCUUAUUCUUUCUGUUAUGUUGUGUCCCUUACUGAUUAGGUAAUUUUUGAAGUUCAAUAUUUUUAAAUCAGUUUUAUCUAAAACUGGAUAUAUUUUUUUUAAAGAAUAUGGAAACCAUGUGCAAUAUAUAUUAUUUUAAAAAUAUUGCUAAAAAUUUGCUAUUGAGAGAUGAUAAAAGGAAACAUUAUCACAAACAUUCAGUUAGUCAUGGAAAGCUGUAAAUGUUUCUGAAAUGAAAAAAAAAAAUAUUCAGAAAAAGGUUGAAAUCGAUUACCAAAUUUAUUUUUUGUGUCACAGUACAUAAGCUCAUACAAUGUUGAAAUAUUUAGAUAUAACAAUUUGGUAUAUUUAUUGUCGAGCCUGCGACUUUUGUCGCAGAAAGCUUGACAUAGGGAUAGUGAUCCGGCGGCGGCAGCGUUAACUAACUUCUUUAAAGCUUAAUAUUUCAGAAGGUAGAAGACCUGGAUGCUUCAUACUUUGUAUAUAGAUUCCUUAUGAUAUGAAGUUUCCGUCUGUCAUAUGUCCAUUGUCCUUGACCUCAUUUUCAUGGUUCAGUGACUACUUGAAAAAAAAAGUUAAGAUUUUUUGUAAUGUUAAUUUCUCUCUUAUUAUGAGUAAUAGGAUAACUAUAUUUAGUAUGUGCAUACCUUGCAAGGUCUUCAUGUCUGUCAGACAGUUUUCACUUGACCUUGACCUCAUGUCAUGGAUCAGUGAACAAGGUUAAGUUUUCGUGGUCAAGUCCAUAUCUCAGAUACUAUAAGCAAUAGGUCUACUAUAUUUGGUGUAUGUAAUGAUUGUAAAGUAUACAUGUCCAACUGGCAGGUGUCAUCUGACCUUGACCUCAUUUUCAUGGUUCAGUGGUAAUAGCUUAGUUUUUGUGUUUUGGUCAGUUUUUCUAAUACUGUAUGCAAUAGGUCAAUUAUAUUUGGUGUAUGGAAAUAUUUUACGAUGUACAUGACAGUCUGGUAGGUUUUAUUUGACCUUGACCUCAUUUUUAGGGUUCAUUGCUCAAUGUUAAGUUUUUUUUUGUGUUUUGGUCUGUUUUUCUAAUACUGUAAGCAGUAGACCAACUAUAUUUGGUGUAUGGAAAUAUUUUACGAUGUACAUGUCAGUCUGGCAGGUUUAAUUUGACCUUGACCUCAUUUUCACGGCUCAUUGCUCAAUGUUAAGUUUUUGUGUUUUGGUCUGUUUUUCUUAAACUUUAAGCAAUAGGUCAACUAUAUUUGGUGUCUGGAAUUAUUGUAAGGUGUAUAUGUCAGUCUGGCAGGUAUCAUUUGACCUUCACCUCAUUUUCAUGGUUCAUUGGUCAAUGUUCAGUUUUCCUGGUUUACUUUGUUUCUUAGAUGCUAUAAGCAAUAGGUCAACUAUAUUUGACGCAUGGAAUGAUUUUAAGGUGUACAUGUCUGUCUGGCAGGGUUCAUCUGACCUUGACUUCAUUUUCAUGGUUCAUUGGUCAAUAUAGAAUUUCGAUGGUUUUGUCUGUUUCUUUUAUACUAUAAGCAAUAGGUCAUCUAUAUUCUGAGUAUGGAAUGAUUGUAUUAAAGGUGUACAUGUAUUUCCGCCUUUGUUUAUCUGACCUUAACCUCAUUUUCUUGGAUCAUAAAUGUUAAUGUGAAACUUGUAGUAUAACUUUAUAUGUAGGACUAUCAACAUAAAAUCAAUGGUCAGUAUAGUAGGUGAGACAUUUCAGCAUGUGCACUCUUGUUUUUCCAUAUAAAUGUGUUGUAAUUCCAAUUUAGAGUGUUUAUGGAUUUUCAGUGCCAUUUUGUUUAAAUUGCUUUUUAAGUCUACAUGACUUCUUUUAAGGAAACAAAAUUGAUGCAAAGACUUCAAUUAUGAGAAAAAACCAAACCAUUAUAGAUUACUUAAAGAUAUAAUGAAAUAAAAACAUGAGUGAUCAUAUGUAUUCACAUGUAUUAAGAAAUAAUGAGCUAAAACAUGAGUGAUAAUAUGCAUAUACAUGUGUUAAGAAAGAAUGAGAUAAAAACAUGAGUGAUUAUAUGUAUUCACAUGUAUUAAGAAAUAAUGAGCUAAAACAUGAGUGAUAAUAUGUAUAUACAUGUGUUAAGAAAGAAUGAGAUAAAAACAUAAGUGAUUAUAUAUGUACACAUGUAUUAAGAAUUAUUGAGAUAAAAAAAUGAGUGAUUAUAUGUAUACACAUGUAUUGAAAUAUAUAUGUAAUAGACUGUAUUGUGUUGUUAUAGGUCAAAGGUAAAAAUCACCAAAUAUUCUGGAAAAAAGACAUUCAAGUUAUUUAAAAUUGCAAAGAUGCAAUCCUUUUUGUUAAUCCUUAAUUAUAAAUUUAAUUAUAUUUUCCUAGCUAAACUUUAACAAAGUUCCAAUUUUCAGAUGUCAUUUCUCUCAUUGCUAUUUAUCUCAAGGCACAAAUAACAAUAUAAAAAGAUCCAAAUAAACCUUAAAAUAAACAGCAGUUCAUAUAAAAAUAUUUCUCUUAAAAAUAAGAAUUAUUAAAGUACAUGUGAAAAUGUUUUAUAACUUUUUAAUGCUAUGUUUGUAUACUAGAUACCGAUUAGUUACUGUUGUUUGUUAUGUUUUAUGAGAAAUACCUUACUGACAUUUUAUUCCUACACAUUAGAGAACAUUUUAUUUUGAUACAUUUUGUGAUAGUCAUGUCAUCUUCAUUAGUAAAUUUAUUUUUACAUUAGUCAAUAUUAAAUAAUCCUAAAACUG